GGACUGAAUUGUACCAGACCAGCCAGGUGUCUAGGCUCCAUCUAGGCUCCUUUGGCACUUCUGGCUGGACAACGUUCUCGACUGUCUUCCAUCACUGUCAUUUACACCAGAUUGUCCGGUUCACCUAGGAUUCCAGGGGACCUGGCAAAGGCCCUCCCUUCUCUGUCACCCUGGGCACAAACUACCCAGUGUUCCUGCCCUCCUGCCUUGCUCAGCCCCAGCUGGGAUCUGGAAAAGGAUCCUGCCCCGGUCUUCCUCUGCUGACCUUUAUUUGUGUUGCAGUGUGGGUUUUACCCUCUGCGGGGCUCUCCAACAUGGUUUCGACAUAAAUUCCGGGAAUCUCGUGUUUGCCUUGCGAGGGGUCAUUCCAGCCUCAUGUGUCCCAAGGAAUCAAGAGCAACUUUGAUGUGUAUUGUGUGUGCCAGGAUUGGCCUCGGGAGUAAAUGAAGUAGGAGAUGUUUUGGCUCCCCCCAAGUCCCCCCGCCCCACGCUUUCUCCUUUGUCAUCUACUUAGGAGGCACAAGUGCUACUCAUCACAGGAAUUAUUUUCACUGUUCAGGGAUGAGUCUCUGUAUCCUUCUACAAGGAAAUGGAUCACUGGCCGUGCAAUUCUGGGCAAGUACUUCAGUCGCCUCAUCUAUAAAAUGGACGUCAUAACAUCUUCCCUUUUAAGGCAGAGGACUAUACCAGAUGAUCUGCUAAGAUACAGGGUACCAUGUCCUGCUAACCUGUGAUUCCAGGGUGACAAUUAGUAAGCCUGGUGUGUGAGAGAGCUGGAGGAAGUCCCUUUACUUCUUUUCUUUUAUCUCUGCGAAUGAAACAUAUCCUUUUAGUUGGCUUCCUGGAGACAGUGCCUCACCCUGGUUCUUUGCAGUGGCUCUGUUGGUAGGAGUUUGGCUUGGGAGGACACAGCCCUGCCAGAGCAGAGCAAGAAGGUUUUUCUGGGCGGAUGGAAGCUCUGAAGCAUCAUUCCCGUAACACCAUGUCAGCGGCCUUCUUUAAUUAAUUAAUUAAUUAAUUUAUAUUUUUACAUUUAUUUUUGAGAGACAGAGACAGACAGAGCACAAGUGGGGGAGGGGCAGAGAGAGAGGGAGACCAGAAUCGGAAGCAGGCUCCAGGCUGUCAGCACAGAGCCCGAUGCGGGGCUCGAACCCACGAGAACUGUGAGAUCAUGACCUGAGCCCAAGUUGGACGCUUAACCGACUAAGCCACCCAGGCACCCCGGCGGCCUUCUUUUUUGUGAGAGUGGCUCUAGGUUUUAGUCUUGUUUAGGUCAGAGGGCCAGUGACAUUAUCCCCCACACUGAGUGAAAUCUGUUAGGUCCUGUGGUUUGCCUGGGCCUGUCCUGGCUAAGAUGUAUGUGAUAGGCUGUAUUCUUAGCUGCUCAUUCCUAUAGGGGGGUUCUCUGGGUGAGAUAGCAUUUGGGUGAGUUCAAAGCCAUUUUAACCACCUUGGGUUCACUCUCUUAAUUUGAGAGAGAACCUUGCAGGUCGGUGACUAAAAGAAGGAAUCAAGAACAAGUCCAAAAGUCCUCAAAAUUUUAGCAGGAGCUUUGGGCUCUUUUGGGUUCUCUUUGUCGGGAGGUCUCUUUUCUAGAGGCAGUCUUACACAUGGCUAGCACUCAGCUUCCUGUUUUUCAGCCACGACAUCUUCCUGAAGUCUCAGUCGGACUGAGACUUUAGAAGCCAUGCCCUCUGUCAUGUCACUUUCUUUUGUGCCCCCUUGAGAAGGUGAUGGAGAAUGCAGAGCUCCUAACUGAAGUCUGGCUGUCUCACUGGGGAGGCUGAGGGGCUAGUCUUUUUGUGCCCGGCCAUCGGCCUUGAGUGUUCCGUGGCUAUUCGAGGAUGCACUUCCCAUUUAAGGUACAAAGUGUGGGCAGUGCAGACUUUUAUCCCUCUUAGCUGUGGUCUGCAGCCUCUUCGGGGUUGGAGUUUCCCAGCGGGAGGGUCAUUCGCAACAGGUGGAAUAAGCCAGAUGACAGGUCUUCUCUGCCUGUACCUGUGCCUUUCACGACCAUGAAGUUCAGCAUGUCUGUCUUGCUUCUUUUGGUCAGUGCUCCCAAAUGGAGUCAACAGCAGUCUGGGGAGCAUUCCCUGAAUGCUUUGUGCAUUCAAACCAAGGACUCAAGAGCAUUGGGUUUAUUUAGGCUACCUGUUAUAAAUUCUUGGCUCUCGUUGCUGUCAUGGGUGGCUUUUCUCGUGUUUAUCCUAAGCCUUUGUGAAUGCCCUUUCCUGGGAUAAACCAGGGUGCCGUGGAAGCUAGCCACACAGGAUGGUGUGCUUGCCAGGGGCACAUGGUGAAAAGGGGUCCUUAUUAGACACCCAGGACCCGUGGGUCCCGUUCUUGUCAAUAAAGUGCCAAUCAUCCCACUUUGUAAUCUGAAUUAGUAUUAUGAAACAUGUAGCUUGAAAACAAUGCCCUUAAAAAGAGCGAAGUAUGUUAAAAAAAAAAAAAACUAACAAAAACAAUAUCGAGGCAGCAGCUGUUCCAACCCCAAAGGUGGAAAGCUUCCCAGUGUGCAUUUUUAACACACAUCACCACGUGGCAGAAAGCAAGGGGAGGGGGAGAGAGAGGGAGAGAAGGGAGAAGAGGAGGAGGAGGAGGGGGCGGAGAGGAUCUUCCUUUUCUUCUAUUAUUUCCUCUGGGUGUGUAUGCUUAAAAACUGCUUCCGGAUGGAAUCCCAAAGAGAUUUAUAUUUGGGCUUUGGUUGUCUUGACGACAGUUUAGAGGUUUCUGCCACUUCCUCAACAGCUUGAGUGGCAUGGUUAAAACACAGCUGAGGGUGUCCCUGCUUCUGGUAAGGAGCUUGGUGCUCAUCUUUCUGCUAGGAUCUGGGUGAUGGUUCAUCACAGAGCAAACACCUGGGAUUGGUGUGGCGUCUGGGCAGCAGAGACCUCAGCUGUGUGCAGGGCCUUCCCGUGAGGGGACUGUGUGAUUCCCAGAGGCUCUAGGACCCAAGGGUGGGACAGAUAAGCAGAUCAGUCAGAGCUGUGGACCCUCAAAUGGGCUACUUUGAGUGAUAGUGAGCACUCCGUCACCGAAAGCAUUCAUAAGACUAGGUGCAUCUGGUUGGGUCUUCGUGGAAGGAUGGAAUGCGUAGGACGGGGAGGAUUGGGCCAGGCACUCGUCCGAAUUGCUUUCCAAGAGAUUCUAACAUAACUCAUUUUCAUUUUUUCCCAGAAACCCCAUUUCUUGGGGUGUGGGGGGUUGGUGGGGGAGGAUGUAGAGAGGCUAGAAAUCUAAUCUGUUUCUUACCAAACCUGAUUCCUGUAUUAAAUUGAACCCUUUGUGGAAAGCGUGGUACUGGGUUGAAAAUAAAUAUGAAUGACAUAGUGGAAUGUCUUCUGGGAGCGCCCAACGUAUGUAACACCGAGCAUCCGCCAGGAUUGAUGUAUUCCGCCAGGGUCUCUUUGUUCCUUUUUUCUUCAGGGUCAACAAUGGCUACAUCUCUCUCUCAGCCUUCUGAGCUCAGUGCUCCCUGGGAUAUGCGUCAGAGUCACUUGCAGGCACUUUCAAACUUCUUGUGGUCCCUCCCCAUCCCUUGUGAGGCAUGUGGCCCCCACCCUUUCCCCUGGCCCAGUGUCACUGUUCUCAUGAAUGUGUCUGUCGUAUCCCUCGGGACUGCUCCAAGGCCAUUGCCAUUGGAAAAUAUAAAACUUUACUUUCUAAGAUGUUAGGGCAUAAAAAGAUUUUGAGCUCGUGAGUUACAAAAGGUCUUCACAUUUAAUUGUGUCCAACAAGUUAGAUUACUUUUAGGGCUUGCCUGUCUCUGCAGAUACUACACUUUGAUUUAUCUUUAUUUUUACAAUUUCCAAUACGUGCUUGAAAAUGGAAUAGGCAUUCAUUCGUUCAACCGCUCACCAUCUAUCCAGUGUUUCUUUCAUGCCAGGAGCUGCUGUGGGUGGCUGCAGGUAGGUAGGACAGCCAUGAGCCUUGUCUUUGAAGCCCUCUACCUUUCCUGGGAUGUGGACCCAAAAGCAGUGACCUAAAUGACAUCACUUGUAUUCCUGUGACGGCACUUACCACAGAGCCAAGCACAGCAGAAGGAAUAGAGUAAGAUUAUGAUACAUACUGACCGCCAUCCAUCUUAUUAGACGUGAGGACAGGUGAGGGGUAGAAAGUUUUUGCACCAUGUCUGUUUUGACUGCCUGCUGGGCUAACUCUGCUGGAGACAGAAGACAGGGAAGACGGGGUUCUGGUCCCUGCUGGUGAUGGAGAGGUUCCUGGUCGGGCAGGGAAGACAGGCACGUGCACAGGAACUAACAUUCGUGGCCAUGGCGAUGAGUGGGAUCCUGUCACGUGGUACGGCGGGAGACAAGGAAGUUAAAUUGAAUACAGGGGGGCUGGGAAAGGAGGAAUCAGGGAAGGUAUCUUCAAGAAGGAAGGAUUUGAAGAGUGCCUCAGAGAACACACAGGGCUUUGACAAGAAUGGAAAGUGGGUGUGGACUUCAGGCCUUGGGGAGAGCAGGUGGGACUCUGGUUCUCAUGGUGUUUUCUGGAGGGCUGAGGUGACUGGAAAGUGAGGGAGGCAGGGAGCACAGCCCUUCCACUCCUGGGCUGACCACCGUCCUGUUGACCCCACUACCUCCCUAGAAUGGGGUCUUUUAUUUUUAACUCACUCUUUCCCUUCUUUUAUUUUGAAACGUCUCACACUCACAAAACAUUUGAAAGAGCAGAGCAACGAAUGCCUGUAAGUCUCUCCCAUAGAUUCAGUGGGAAUGACAUCUUGUCAAUCUCUUGCUUUUUAUCUCUUUCUCUCUCUAAUGUAUUUUUUCCCUGGACCCUCUGAAAGUAAAUUGCAGACAUUAUGACACUUGACUCCUAUAUAAUUAUGUAUCUUUUAGAAGAAAGGACGUUCUCCUUCACAACUGUAAUGCCCAGAACUGAACACAGAUAUAAUGGUAUCGUGUAUGUAGUUCAUACUCAGAGUUUCCAGUUGUCCCCAAAUGACCUUGAUAGCUGUUUAAGAAAUCCACGGAGACCAUGUACUACAUUUGCUUGUCAUGUCCCUCAUCUAAAACAGUUCCCCUCCUUUUUUUCUGCCACGAAUCCAGGCCACUUACCUUGUAGAAAGUCCCAAGGUCUCAAUUUUUCUAGUUGCCACCUCGUUGCUUCUUCUGGGUUAUGCGUGUUGGUGAGCAGACAACAUACUUGAUGUUGAAUGGUCUUAUUUUUUAUGUGCCCGUGUAUAUUACAGUUUUCUUUCCCACUUACCUUUAUGGCACUCAUUCAACAAAUUAUCUCUUAGCUUCUACAAGUGCCAGGCAGUGGUAUGUCUGAGCAAAACAAAGGGCUUUGACCUUAUGGAGCUUACGUUUUAGCAGAAAGGUGGGAAGACAGAUUCUCUGGCUGGUUAGAAGGUGGUAAGUGUUAUAUGGAAAAGCAGAUGUGGCCCAGAGCUGGGGGAGGGGCACAGGAGCUCCAGGAGGGGAGGGGCAGGUCGGUAGGGUGGUGGUGAGGAUGCUCUGUCUCUGUCAGAGACCAGAUGGGGCUCCUGCUUUACCUGGGGUUUGACUUCGGUUUUGUGACUUGAGUCGCAUGGUGUGACCACUGAGCUGCUGAGAGUUGAGUAGGUCCUGAGGAACCAGAGUUGUCUCUCUUGAUGUCUAACUCUUUGUCAGUUGAAAUAAGGAAAUGAAAAGAGGGACUGAACAUCGGGGUCACUGAAUGGGUUUCUCACUGUGGAAUCUUCUGUUUCGACGAAUCUUUUUCUGAUCUAUUUCCUUGCUUCGAAUACCUCAGACCUGCUCUGACUUCUCUGGAGGUCAUGAAACUUCUGCUCGCUCAGGAUUUAACCCAGAAGGUAGCCUAGGCGGCUUUCAGUUCCCUGGGAGGCUCGUGGAAGAGCUGGAUUACCAGAAUUUGAAUGAGCCCUGUUGGAGAGCCAACAGAAUACAGGGGAAAUCGGUUCCCUCCUAUUUUCUCUGCUUUGAACAGGGUAGCAGAGAGCUGGAUCCCUUUUUAUCAACAGUAUUUGCUUUUCUAGAAGAAAAAGAUACCUGUAUUAUCCAGUAUCACUUCCUUUCUUCUCUCACGGAGUCAGUAUUCUAACUGGGAUCUGCAGAUAGAAUGCCUAGUCCUAAAAGGUGCCUCUAUCAAAGAUUUCCCUGAAAGGGAGGGAGAGAGAGGGAGAGCUGGUUCAGGGACAGAGAAAGAAAGACAAGAGUAGGGAAGGUGGGGGGAGAUGGGCGGGGGAGAGAGACACCCACGCACACACCUGUGCAUGAAGAGUAUCACUUAGAACUUGCCCACUUGCCCUCUGAUGGCAAAGGGCAAGUUUUGUUUUUUGUUUUUUUCUGGUCAGACUAUUAGCCAGGGUAUUUAGAUUUAUGGCAAGCUUAAUUAAGAAAGUCUUUUUGGGGGGUGCCUGGAUACCUCAGUCCGUUGAGUGCCCAGUUCUUGAUUUCAGCUCAGGUCAUGAUCCCAGGGUCCUGGGAUCAAGCCCUGCAUUGGGCUCCAUGCUGAGCAUGGAGGCUGCCUGAGACUCUUUCCUCCUUUCCCCCCCUCUCUCUCCUGCUCGUGCUUUCUCUGUCUCUAAUAAUGAUUUUUAAAAAGUCUUUUUUCUUUAAGAAAAAAAAAAGCAUAGCAUCAAUCCUACAUAUUUCAUGGCCUUACCUCUCAUUGCAGAAGUGAAAAAUUUUCUAACCUUUUCCAUAAUAAUCUUCUGAAGAGCUGUUUUCUUCAUUAUAAAGUAACACAUGCUCAUCUUAAUUAAAUUUUGAAUCUAAUUAUGAGGUGGGACAGUGAUUGAUUAGUGAAGUGAUAAAUUUUCAUUUGUGAUCACAAAGAUGAGGGAUCCAGGAUGACGCCUUGAGCUUCAUUUCUUUAUAAUGACAUAUACUUGUACAAACUUGCCACAGUCUUGUUUCCUGUCAUUAGCUGGAAAUCCUGUGGGUAUGAGGAAAUCGUCCUACCUGCCCUCCUUCACCUCCUGUUCCCCAUCUUGCAACUCCUGUUCUUUCCUUGUCUCUGGUGUUAUGUUCAGAUGACCACUUAUAAUUUUAUGGUCGACAUCAAGUUCACCGUCCUGCUCUGUGUUUUUCCGUUGUCUCUGUUCUUUCCUGCCCUGCAGGAUCAUUUUCUCCCAUCGUUUUAAUUUGUUUUCUUAUUCUCCCACUUCUCAUCGAUGAAUCAUCAGACUGUCCUUCUUGAAAGAGGCAUCUAGGGCUUAGCUCACAGAGGGAAUGUUUCUAGCCUGCUCUUCACUUGCUCCCCCACUGCUGAGUGGGGAGUGUGUGCUGAGCCGAUCCCGGUGACCUUCCCUUCUGCUGCCAGGGUAGACCAGAAAACCCGGCCAGCUUUACCCUUUGGAGAGUAAUGCUGGCAAACAGGGAUCUGUACAAAGUAAAUGUGAGAAGUGAGAUGAUUCAUUUUCAGAAAUACCAAAUAAAAGCUGUGCUGUCUAGUUAACAAUAGGUUUAAAACCUAUUGGAAAUAGGUACGACUCCCCCCACCUCCGCCCAGUGGAGUCCCAAACCCUUAGAUCCUUCACUUCCUGGUUCUUCUUCCCUUCUCCAUUCCGUGGGCUUGUUUUUCAUGUGUUUCGCAAUGAGCAUGCCCCAAAGAACUGAAGCCUGUGGCACCUCAAGGAAUGUACAGUUGUUCCCAUCAGACUGCUUUUUGCCUUACAUGGGCAUAGGCGACUUCCGGGUAAGGCUGUAAUGUCUGUAGUACUCAGCCAGUGAGGAAUCAGGGGAGGGACUUGCACACUAGGAGGUAAAUUGCCUGCUGUAACUGCCCCGAGUGUGCCUGUCCAUCAGACACCCGCUCUUCCAAGAAUGUUGAUUAAAGCCUCCCUUCACUGUGCUCUGAGUCUCCACGACCCUCCUUUGUUUGGGGCAGUGGGCUUAUUUUUCAUAGUAAAUGAGGGUUUAACUGAGAGUCGUGUGCCUUGAGAGAUGAAUGGAGCUUGCUGCAUGGCUGGGAGGCUGUAGGCACAUAGCACGGUUUCCCAGAGAGGAGGGGACGAUGUCCUUGAGGUUUACGCUCCAGCAAUGUACUUGGUGUGAUAGGGCGCACAUGGGAAACAACCCCAGGCGACCCUGCGGGAUGUCACAUGAUGCUUCGUUGCCUGAUGUUUCCAAGGAAGGGCCAAGGAGUUUGGGAGAGGCCAGGGAGGGCAUGUGGGUGCCCGCUGCUGAGCCACGUUGGCCCAGCGCAGAGGAGGGAAGUGUUGGGGAGUGAGUGGGAGAGGCGAUGUUUACCAUACACAUCCACUGACAGGAAAAGGUUCUAAAGAGACUCAUUUGUCAAGUGGUUAUCCCCGUGGGGCAGGGACUAAUUUGCACUUAUAAAUAACUUCUUUCUCUUCAUUGGUUUAUUUAAUGAGCACGCAUUGCUUGUGUAAUUAAUUUAAAACCUAUAAAAACUUCUUGCAGGGCCAAGGAGAUGUUUGACGGGUAGAGAUCCUUUUGGUUGUUACUGGAAAUAACUGACAAAUUGAUAAUAAAACCAGAAAGUAAUGUGGGUCAGACUGUGAGAGGUCCUUGAAACGUGAAGGUUGUGCCUGUAAGCUGUGGCAUGCCAGCUCUGUCAUCAACAGGACAGACACUCGAGUGGCUUCUCAGGUCACGCUGUGCUCUUAUCUGUGCGCGUCAUUAUUUGGCCUCAUGGUGACCACUUCAGCCGCAACAACUCUGCCUUCCCCACCAUUCCCGAAUCUAGGGUUUCUCAAGAUGGGGUUUCGGAAAGUAGCGGGUCUGUCAUUCUGUCCCGUGGGGUCUGUAGUUUUCUGUGCCUGUUCAUUUCAAUGCUGUUCUUUAAAAAAUAGAUAAAAGUACAUCGUGGAUCUUCAGGGUGAUCACCGAGUGACAAAACUGUGUCACAGCUUCGGUGCCCAUAAAAGCUGGCUAAUGAGAUAAGAACGGAGGCAGAGUACAGAGAUAAUGCGUGAGGCCAUGUGAAGACCAAGUGACCCUGCAACACAGGUGACAGAUAUUUUCCAGGCACUGUUCAAGGGCUUGGGCAUACAGCAGGUAACAAAUCAGACCCACGGUCCUGACCUUGUGGAGCGGACAUCCAGCAGGAGUGGCUACUGCUUGUAAAUACCUAGUACGGCAGAUGGUGAUAGGUGCUAUGGAGAGAAGCCAGGACACCGGGGUUGGGAAAUCAAGCAUUGUGUGUCGAUUUGUACAGGAUCACUUUGACCACAACAUCAGCCCGACCAUUGGGGCAUCUUUUAUGACCAAAACUGUGCCUUGUGGAAAUGAGCUUCAUAAGUUCCUCAUCUGGGACACUGCUGGGCAGGAACGGUUUCAUUCACUGGCUCCCAUGUACUAUCGUGGAUCCGCUGCAGCUGUCAUAGUAUAUGAUAUUACCAAACAGGAUUCAUUUCAUACCCUGAAGAAAUGGGUGAAAGAGCUGAAGGAGCACGGUCCAGAAAACAUUGUAAUGGCUAUUGCUGGAAACAAGUGUGAUCUCUCAGACAUUAGGGAAGUUCCCUUGAAGGACGCUAAGGAAUAUGCCGAAUCCAUAGGUGCUGUCGUGGUUGAAACAAGUGCAAAAAAUGCUAUUAAUAUCGAAGAGCUCUUUCAAGGAAUCAGUCGCCAGAUCCCACCCUUGGACCCCCAUGAAAAUGGAAACAAUGGAGCCAUCAAACUUGGGAAGCCAGCCACGCAAGCCAGCCGGCGGUGCUGCUGACCCGUGGGCCAUGGUCCACAGUACUUGAAGAAGCCAGAGCCGACCUCCCAUUCUCGGCAGCUUGGCACCCCACUUAGGGAGAAGUGGGAUGCUGGCUUGGCAUCCUAGAAGACCUGCAGUGGUGGGGCAGGAACUGUCCCUGGGAAAGGCUUCUAGAAAAAUCCACCACACUGCCACAAAAUGGCCUUUGGUGCAUGAAAUGCAAACGGGAGGGAACAGGUGUUAGGUCACGAGUACAACUGAUUUUUUGUUGUUGUUGUUAAAAACCUUCAAAUAUUCUUAAAUUUGUACAGCAGCCACAUCGGCUUAAUAUGUGUGAGAGUCCAAAGUGGCGAUCCAUUCUGAUUUCCUGUGCUCCCCAGCCCCAUUUCAUUAAGUUCUUCAGUGCCACUGCCUCUGUUACCUGACCAGCCUUCACUGAAAGGUUCAUUUAAUUUAAUUUAAUUUAAUUUAAUUUACCUUUCAAUGGAGUGUAAUUGGCCCAUCACUCAAGCUACAGACUUGAGCCAUGAUGAAAGUGAAGAAAGAUGCAUUAGAAACUGUUGUCUACAUCUCUUUUACUUGGUGCCCGUUUUCCUUCAGUCAUAUAUAAACACACCAAAUCUGACUAAGAUAUCGCACGCAAUUUUGGGAGUGGGAGGCCUAGUUUGAAAGAAUCAUUUAAGUAGUUACCGCGUAAGCGGUGACAGAUGUAGGAUAUAAAUAUUUUUCCAGAGACUGUCUGGUAUGAUCGUCUCCACAGUAAUAAACGCCUACCCUCUUAGGGAAGGUUAAUGCACAGACUAUGAUUUUACUAAGACAGUAUGUCAUGGCAUCAUAUCUAGGGGGCAAAUUAACCAGGGGAUGUUCGAGUCUAGAUCUUAGGGCACAUCCCUAAUAAUAUCAAUUAAUAGGUUACAGGAAAGCCAGCCAGAGGGAGCACCAGCACCUUAAGAUUCUAGACCCCCGACAUUACAAAAUUGGAGAAAGCGUUCUAGAAGAUGCCAGGCUUGGGCAGGUGGGCGCUAGGGCUACCCGGAGGUCCAACCCUGGAAUGCUAAUUAGCUGACAGUAGGCUUUCAUAAAACCUUCCCUUCUAGAUGCCCUGUCUGCUCAAUUAGUUAAAGAUGCCUGAAUCCGAUGGAAGGAAAGGGAGAGAAGGCAUGGAAAGGAAGAAAAGCUAUUUCCAUUGGAAAUCCAAAUUUUAUUACCAUUCUGACGUCCAUCAAUAUCUGGGAUCAAGAAGCCCUUGGCUUCCUAUUAGGGCUUAUAUUGGAAGGAAAUUCUUAAAGGAUGUUUGGAUCCAUGCCUUGCGUGGGGGUAAUCAGGCAGCCUGGUAACAGGGCUGGCUGGUUCCCUUUUUUGCUAGGAACAUUCAAGACCCAGCAAACUUUAGUAGAAAACCUAUAAUGUAAAAGCCAGGAGAGAGAUUGUGAGCUGACAGAAGACCUCAAACUCCCAGUAACCCAGUGCGAGCUGCUGCUUCCGAGUCCUGUCAUGGCUGUGCCCACCCUGCUCUAGACAGGUUAGAGGUGCUGAGAUCACCGCCAACAAAAAGCGAGAGUCUCUGAGA